AUGGGCUCUGAGUCACCCGGUACUCUUGAUGCGAUAGAGCUCAGUCUUCUGAGCCGCUAUCUGGCGCACACUAGCCGAACCAUCCCUUUCGACGAUCUCGAUCUCUACGCCCUUUCUGUGGGAAUACCAAAUCUUGCUUUCAAUAGCAAGCCUGUCAUGUCGUCUUUGAUAGCUUUGGCAGCAGCCUGCAAAUCUCACGAUGUCGUCAACACAGCGCAGAGCCCUUUGGCGGGCCAAACCAUCAUGGAGGUCCAGCGGCUUCUUGAGCUUGCAGAAAACCACCACAGGGCAUCACUCCAGUACAUACAAGAAGCAGUUUCAAACUCAAUUUGGUACGAUAACGUCCUUGCAAACGCAGCACUAAUGGUACUUUACGCCUCUGCGAGCCACUCGAUUCGAGUUCGACUCGCCGCCAUUGCGAGACGAAGUGGGAAGGAAUUGCCAAAUAAUGUACUUCCACAACACUCACAAUGGAUCACAUUUACACGUGCCGCUCAUACAGCUUCCAGUGCAGUUCUAAGUGGGCUUUUAAACGCAGAUAUGAAUCGAAAUGCAACCACCAGCCCAACCGUUUAUAAAUCACCAAAUCCGACAUCUGCCAUCUUGACCCCACAGAAUGGCCCUUCCGAAGAUACAAAAAGACUAUUCAUUCCUUUAGUUACAUCUACAUACGGACGAGCUCUUGAAUCGCUGCGCAGGAAAGUGGAGUCUGUAGCAGAUUCUUCUAAGAGCCAAGAGGGUCCCGGACUUCACAAUCUAGAUCUCGACGCUUGCUUGAAUACCCUCCCAACACUUGAAAAGUGUGCAUUUUCUGCUUUAUCUGGAGAGUGUUCCGACGAGGAACCAAAUUUAUCCAACGACACACCCAUAGUGUCUGGUGAAUAUUCUCGAGUCUCAUCUUGGGUUGCAAAUUAUAUGCUCAGUGUCACCUCAAUGACAGCCCCAAAGGCACUUCGGCGAACAAUUAUGUCUUUCUUGAAUGAGGCACCAGCUGAGUAUCUCAACCUUGUUCAGUCGGUGCUAGAUUCGUCGUCUGUUGUGGCCUACACUGGAGAUUGGGUGGCACGUGGUUCGCCCAAGGGUGAAAUGCAGCCUCUCGAUACAACACAUCUCCUAGCCAUGGACAUAUUUGCACACUGGCUAGUUCUAGUCAUGUUAUUGGAUGGUGUGUGGUGGAUUGGUGGUAUUGGUCGAUGGGAACUUGGCCAGAUUGUGUCAUUGAUGAAAACUCAGGAACUGCCCAAUCAGCCUGCGGAUACAAAGGAAACUUGGUGGCCGGAGAGUAUGUACUUGGUUAAUAUGGAGUUGAUGCCGGAGACAUAG